AAAAAACAAAAAUGGCGUUUCAGGAAAGUGGUCGAGGACGUAAGGGAAAUUGUCACCUGUGAAGCGAUGAAUUGAGAAGCACGAAAACCCGCAUUUUCACAACUGACAACCGGCCCCUUCGAUUUAAAAGGAUUAUAUCUACUUUCAAACACAGAAACUAAACAAAAUGCCUUCUCCUAAAGCCAAAAACAGCGCCAAUCGCAGCGGAGGUGGGAGCCCAGGUCUCAGUGGCAGCACCAACGGCAACGGACGCUACGAGUUCAUGUCGCUGAACCGAACCCCUCCACCCACGCUCCUCCAGCGGCAGGGCUCCGACCCAACCGCUGCAGCCAGAUUGCGGGCCUCAGAGAGCCCUACCCGGCGAAGAGGCUCCGGGUCCUCCACCUCUUCCAACACAGGCAUGCCCGAAGAGGACUGUAUGCGGCUCAACCCUUCCUUUAUCGGGAUAGCCCUUAGCUCCCUCCUCGCCAUAGACCUGUGGCUCUCCAAGCGGCUGGGGGUGUGUGCCUGUGAAGAUUCCUCCUGGGGCAGCAUUCGACCAUUGAUGAAACUGAUAGAGAUUUCUGGACAUGGAAUACCAUGGCUGGUCUGGACAGCCUACUGCCUGUACAAGGCUGACAGUGCCGCAGGACAGGAAAUUAUGCUCAAUCUCUUCAUGGGUAAAUAUGAUCAUAUUAAUGUGUUUAUUCAUAGUAAUGCUGAUAGCAGCCUCCCGCAUAGACAGCCGGAAGGCUCCUAUUAGAUUUCUUCCAUAGAAAUAUAAUUCAAAUGUUAAGGUUGCCACCACACCACCUAUUCUAAUUGUCAUGCAUCCCACCACUCAUCCCUAUCCCCAGCCUUUUUACAGCAGACACACACACACACAGAGAGAGCUUGACUUGGGCAGGAGCUCACCAGAACUGAGUAUCGGCACCUCAAAUAUUAUUCUGCUUGAGUUCCUGCACCUCAUAUAGAAUAUUAGCUGAACAGUAUUGAGGAGUUGCUGCACCUAAAUAUGAACGGUACCGGCACCCAAAAUGAGUACCGGCACCUAUUUCAGUCCAAGUCAAGCACUGCACACACCGCCAGGAGGAUGCCAUGCUUAAUAAUGAAUGUCUAUGUUGGUGUUUUUAUUAGAUCAGUAGGUAGCCUACAUAUUUAUAGUCUGUAGUGGCUCCUUUUCCCCUUCUCCUCCAUUUGCAAUGAUGUUAGAAGAGGUAGAAGAUGAAAGCACAUCCUUGGUAGGAAUCCACCCACCCUAUUGUUUUUCACCCAUCUUGUGCUUUCAGAUCAGUAUCAGUACAGAUUAGUCUGAGAUGAGAGGAGGAAAGGAUUUGGCACCUUGCCUUACAGCAGACACACACACUAUUUCACCCCUCCCUUCACAAUAUUUUCUUUCUCUUUUCUCUCCCUGUUUUUUCCUUUCCUUCCUUUGGUGCCAGCUCCUUACUUGUAACUGUCAUCCCUCCGUUCAUCCUACGAUCCAUCUGUUUCUCUCCUUCACUACUGUCCAGACGCCCUCCCUCUCCAUCCCCUCAUCCAGCAGAUCUGUCUCUCUGCUCCACUCUUCACAACAGUUCAGGCAAGGUGACACAUAGUACAGUAUCAUAAUUCCUUAUGAUUAUGCGCCCUAGUGUAUCUAACACACAUAAGGCAAUAUUUUGGAGAUGCUUGGAAUUAAGCCUACAGUUGAAGUUGGAAGUUUACAUACACUUAGGUUGGAGUCAUUAAAACUAGUUUUUCAACCACUCCACAAAUGUCUUGUUAACAAACUAUAGUUUUGGCAAGUCGGUUAGGACAUCUACUUUGUGCAUGACACAAGUAAUUUUUCCAACAAUUGUUUACUGACAGAUUAUUUCACUUAUAAUUCACUGUAUCACAAUUCCAGUGGGUCAGAAGUUUACAUACACUAAGUUGACUGUGCCUUUAAACAGCUUGGAAAAUUCCAGAAAAUGAUGUCAUGGCUUUAGAAGCUUCUGAUAGGCUAAUUGACAUCAUUUGAGUCAAUUGGAGGUGUACCUGUGGAUUUAUUUCAAGGCCUACCUUCAAACUCAGUGCCUUUUUGCUUGACAUCAUGGGAAAAUCAAAAGAAAUCAGCCAAGACCACGGAAUUGUUUUUGUAGACCUCCACCAGUCUGGUUCAUCCUUGGGAGCAAUUUCCAAAUGCCUGAAGGUACCACGUUCAUCUGUACAAACAAUAGUACGCAAGUAUAAACACGCAGCCGUCAUACCGCUCAGGAAGGAGACGCGUUCUGUCUCCUAGAGAUGAACGUACUUUGGUGCGAAAAGUGCAAAUCAAUCCCAGAACAACAGCAAAGUACCUUGUGAAGAUGCUGGAGGAAACGGGUACAAAAGUAUCUAUAUCCACAGUAAAACGAGUCUUAUAUCGACCGCUCAGCAAGGAAGAAGCCACUGCUCCAAAACCGCCAUAAAAAAGCCAGACUACGGUUUGCAACUGCACAUGGGGACAAAGAUCGUACUUUUUGGAGGAAUGUCCUCUGGUCUGAUGAAACAAAAAUAGAACUGUUUGGCAAUAAUGACCAUCGUUAUGUAUGGAGGAAAAAGGGGGUUCCUUGCAAGCCGAAGAAACCAUCCCAACCGUGAAGCACGGGGGUGGCAGCAUCAUGCUGUGGGGGUGCUUUGCUGCUGGAGGGACUGGUGCACUUCACAAAAUAGAUGGCAGCAUGAGGAAGGAAAUGGAUGUGAAUAUAUUGAAGCAACAUCUCAAGGCAUCAGUCAGGAAGUUAAAGCUUGGUCGCAAAUGGGUCUUCCAAAUGGACAAUGACCCCAAGCAUACUUCCAAAGUUGUGGCAAAAUGGCUUAAGGACAACAAAGUCAAGGUAAUGGAGUGGCCAUCACAAAGCCCUGACCUCAACCCUAUAGAACUGAAAAAGCGUGUGCGAGCAAGGAGGCCUACAAACCUGACUCAGUUACACCAGCUCUGUCAGAAGGAAUGGGCCAAAAUUCACCCAACUUAUUGUGGGAAGCUUGUGGAAGGCUACCCAAAACGUUUGACCCAAGUUAAACAAUUUAAAGGCAAUGCAACCAAAUACUAAUUGAAUGUAUGUAAACUUCUGACCCACUGGGAAUGUGAUGAAAUAAAUAAAAGCUGAAAUAAAUCAUUCUCUCUACUAUUAUUCUGACAUUUCACAUUCUUAAAUUAAAGUGGUGAUCCUAACUGACCUAAGACAGGGAAUUUUUACUAGGAUUAAAUGUCAGGAAUUGUGAAAAACUGAGUUUAAAUGUAUUUGGCUAAGGUGUAUGUAAACGUCCAACUUUGUUUUUUGUUGUUGUUUUUUUUAGUCAUUUAGCAGACGCUCUUAUCCAGAGCGACUUACAGUUAGUGAGUGCAUACAUUAUUUUAUUAUUUUAUUUUUUUCAUACUGGCCCCCCAUGGGAAUCAAACCCACAACCCUGGCAUUGCAAACGCCAUGCUCUACCAACUGAGCUACAUCCCUGCCGGCCAUUCCCUCCCCUACCCUGGACGACGCUGGGACAAUUGUGCGCCGCCCCAUGGGUCUCCCGGUCGCGGCCGGCUACGACAGAGCCUGGAUUCGAACCAGGAUAUCUAGUGGCACAGCUAGCACUGCGAUGCAGUGCCUUAGACCACUGCGCCACUCGGGAGUGGGCCAAAAUUCACCCAAAAAACGGUAUCUUGAAUUCUACAGUGCGGGUUGACUCAUAACCCGCAGUCCCUGCAGUUAUAUCCACGGGGCGGGCGUGUUUAGGGUCAUAAAAUAUGAAGGGCGGGUGGGUUGAAUAAAGAGAAAACAAUGCAUUAAAAAUCCACAAAUGGAUAAUUAUUUUGCAAUUCAUGUCUAUAGGCUACAUUGAGGUUUUUCUUUCAUAUUUUUUUAUCUUCAAUAAGUGCAUAAGCCUAAGCUUUAGGGCCUAACUGUACGCACGCUAAAUACACACCAAUGACCAAAUGCUUUUGGGAACUUUGGCAGAAAAAUGUCGGAGUUUAAUUCAAUAAGAGAAAAGCUGCGAAAUGGAGAGUUGAAAAUAAAGAGAAGGGAGGGCCAGAACAGUAAUGUUUGGGAAAGAUUUGUUGAAGUGGUAAAAGAUGAUGAUACCACUUCACCAAAGUUAUGUUAUGUGUGAUUGUGAGGUGCAAAUUCGAGAGACAAGACGGGGACUUCAAAUAUGGCACUUCAAGGGAACUGUUGCCUACUGUUCAGAUAGGUUAAAUUGAAUAGUAACAGAAAUCUGGACACUGACUAUAAACUCUCACAGCCUAAUAUAAUAUCAACUCCUAAAGAAUUAUACAUUUCUAGCAGUAAAAUUAUACACCAAAUGUAAAUUUUGACUCGGGAACAAGUGGAGAAAUAUUAUUUAUUUCAGCAUCUUUAGAGAAUGAAUGUGCGAUUAGGGACAGUCUGUAAAGGUGCUAUCUUUAUCAGCGACAUAAAAGCUGAUUUAGUAUUUCUACCACAAAAUAUGCAUUCUAGCCGAACUGAAAUCUUAUCAUAAACAUGUUGAGUCGUCACUGCUUUUAAUUUCCUUAACUGGUCAAACUGAUGUCAUUAGAACAUUUUGCACGGAAAAUCUUUCUGGUAUUUUUUGUUUUUUAGUUAUUGCAUUUUCUCCCCGGUCCCUAAACGGCUGCUGCACGAGAGAAGCAAAGAUGAAAGGGUCGGGUGCAGGAGAUUUUCACUUUAUCACAUAGUCGGGCGGUUGCGGAUGGGUUAUUAGCAAAUGCGUGUGAACAAACAGCUGACCCGCGCAUCACUAGUAAACACGCACACACGCUCUUCUGAUGCUGAUGCCAGAUUCUCACACACACACACACACACACACUUACAAUGCUGAUGCUAGAAAUAUGCAUACACAUCCAGGGGGGAGCAGGCAGAGAGUGCCAUCUGUUGUCGUCUCAAGUCUUCCAAUGCUAUGAACAGUCAGGCACUCUAGAAGAGACCGAGAAUGUCCCCUGUUGUUGUGUAGUGGGGGUGAAGGAGAGUGUGAGACAGGCAGACAUUCAGACAGACAGAAAAAAUAAACAGAGUUACAGAGAGCGAGGGGUCCUCUGCACAGUGUGCAGUAUAAGUAUUCACAAGGUUCAGCCCGAGCUAGAAUCUACAGUACACUAGCAGAGUGUGCCGAUACCACUCAGUCGGCAGAAGUCUGUUGCUGUGUGAUGCAGGCAGACAGGGGAGAGGCGGUCCCUGUUGUGUUUGUGUGUGAUGCAGCCAGAAGGACUGGAGGAGCCAAUGACCGCUGCUCCUUUACAGCCCAGAUAAAAACACUGCUUGGAUGAAAAGACUGCAGCUCUCUCUCUUCUGUCUUUGUUUCUUUCUCUUUCCUCACAUCUUCUGUCUCUCUUUCCCUCCCUGGCAAAAAUCCAAAGCUGUCACUGAGCGCGUGUGACGGUGUGUGUUUGUGGGGAGGUUCGGCUCAAACAAGCGUAGAGUUUAAUGUUAUCUCAUAUACUGUGAUAACAUUAUACGUUUGUGUGGGUGCAAUGUGUAUUUCUGCUAAUACUAUAUGUUGGGUGUUAGUGUAUUUGUUAGUGUGUGCAUACAUUUGUUUGUUUUAGUGCUGUAUACUGUUUGCUGACUGGUCUGUUUUCCAACUGUGUAAUUGCUCUCAUCUCUCUCAUAUCUCCCUCCCCACUCUGCAUCCUCUCCCCACCCCUCCCCUCAGCUCUCAUUCUAGACCUGAUCCUGGUCGGCAUCGUGAAAGCGGUCGUCCGUCGGCGCCGCCCGUCCCACAACCGCAUGGACAUGUUCGCCACCUUCUCCGUGGACCGCUACUCCUUCCCCUCGGGGCACGCCACCCGCGCCGCCAUGUGUGCCCGUUUCCUGCUGGCCCACUUGGUGCUGGCCGCCCCUCUGCGGGUGCUGGUGUUCCUGUGGUCUGUUCUGGUGGGGCUGAGCCGGGUGCUGCUGGGGAGACACAACGUGACCGAUGUGCUGUUUGGCUUUCUGAUGGGCUACUGCCAGUACAACCUGGUGGAGAUGCUCUGGGUAUCAUCGCUGGGCCUGCAGGGGCUGCUGGGGCUCAUCCAGGGGUGAGGGAGAAGG